UGCCAGGCAGUCACAGCAGGGAGUCCUUCCUUUAUGAAAGAAAACCAAGGGAGAGCGGAAGUGAAACAGAACUUUGCUACACAAAGGACGCGAGAACGGCGAAACUGAACACGCAGUAGACAACCAUCCGAUAAAACAACCAGAUAUACUCCAUGGCCGCCGCAGAACCGGUGUACAACGAGACAACUACAGUGCAGGAGCCCAAAUCCAAAAAAUGGCUCAUCGUACCAUCGGAGAAUCUUGGGAAAAUUGGAUUCGUGAUCAAAAUCGUUGAAGUGCUCCUUUCGUUUGUGGCAUUCGUGUUGGAGGAGGUCGUGUCCAAUUGCUCAUCCUGUGGGCCACUCUACUUCUUUGAAUUUGUCAGUUGCACAGCCUUUUUCUUCACAUUGUUACUUCUAAUCCUUCUUGCCACUACGCUGCACCAGAGAGUUGGAAUCAGUUGUUGGCCCUCUGUGGACUUUGGAUAUACAGUAGCCAUGGCAUUUUUAUUCCUCAUUGCCAGUGUUGUGUUUGUGGCAGACAAUGGUGGGACGAGUCUGGAGCAGACCGCAGUGAUAUUUGGCUUCCUUGCCACAAUGGCCUUCUUUUUUGACUUAAGUCUCUUUUUGAAAAAGAAAGGUAUUCCAUGUCGAAGGGGAAGCAAUCAACCCGCAGCAGACAACGCAACCAGAUCAGUGCCAGAGACAGAGAAACUUAAUGCUAAUGGAACUGAAUAGAUUCUAAUUAGCAUUUUCACCAGCAUUUUACUGGCAGACUGCUGCUGUGCUCAAUAGCUUUUUGUCUCUUAACAAACACAUUUUUUUAUACAUAAGAACUGUUUUUCCAGAAGCACAAAUUUUAUGAUUUCAUAAUAUUUCCAUUAUAGUCUCUAGCCUGCUAAUGGACCAGUUUAUCUCGUGCCUUGAAAGUUUUUAUUCUGUACUUGAAAUACAUAUAGGAGUCUUAACUUUACAGUUGAAAUAGGAGACAUACACACAUCUGCUUACAUUAUGCUUACAUUUUGCCACAAUGACAAUUUUUUUCAUGGGUUUAAAAAAACAUAUGAGUACAGAAAUGAAGUUGUCAUGUCCCCAUCAGAGCCUACGUUCUGUACUAUUGUAGAUUUAAAUUGUUAUAGGUUAACAAGUACAUAAGAUGCACCGUAUUUCUUAAAGAAAAUCUCAUCACCGAUUUAUUUAAUAGUUUUGUAUUCCUGAAAUAAUGUUUUUGAGAAAUCAGAAUUCAAUCAUGUAAACAUUGCUGAAUGACAACUGUUUUAUAUCACAGGAUUAUUAAUAGAAUAUUUGCUAAAUUAAUGAAAGGUCAGCAAAUUGUAUUAAAUAUUAAAAAUAUUCAUGUCGUUUAUUACUUGUGGGACAGGGAAAUGUUGCACUGUAUAGACAAUGUCAUUAAAUCUGUUUUAUUUUUAAGAUAUUUUAGUGAACAUUUGAAUUUGAUGACAGCAGGAUGACAUUUUAUUAUCAGCAUUCACUAAUGGCCCGGUGAUAAUUUUUGCUGUGCAGGGGAUGUCAGGGGUGUACAGUUAUAGAUUUUUUUUUUUUUUUUUUUUAAUUGAAACAAUCUGUCAUUUUUAUAUUGUGUGGUACUAGAGGUGUUGUACAUUUUCCUUUGCCUUGUUCAAUGUGAGCACACAUGUUGACCUAAUUCUAUCAUGGGUUUUGUGAGCUGUACUUUGUGAAGUGUUCAAUUAAAUGGGAUAUUUGUGGUUAUAAGGAGGCAUGUACGUGUAGGCCCAGUUGUGUUAAGGUAAAUUUAAAUGCCCGUAGAGAUGAACGGACUGCAAGUCUUUGAGACACUAAUCUGCCCUGUAUGUUUUAACCUUCCUAUGCUGUAGAAUGGACUGCUGCUUCCUGUGUUAAUUAAAAAAUGUGAAUGUGACUUCCAGAUAUUUUGUUGAUGAAGUGAUAAAACCCACUUUCUUUUUAAUCCUUCUUAAGGUAUAGGUAUAUUUGUUUGGUUGAUUGAAUGGACCAAAAAAUGUUUUGAGUUGCAUAGAUGGGAGAUUUAAUUAUUGCUAAAGAAUUCAUGAUUUUUCCAAAUGUAAAGACUAGUGGGUCUGUUUAUAUACUAGAAUUGUUUCUGCAAAAGGUCACAUGGAAAACUUUUACAGCACUGUUUUUAUAAACAUUUAUCCAUUCCAGUUAAGCAAUAAAUAGCCUCUGUGCUCUAUGAGUUAGACUCUUGUUUUUAUGUAUGACCUGUGAAACGUGCACGUUGAAACGGCUUCACAAACUGAAGUGUUUAUUAUGCAAACAACACUUUGUAUGUGGUUAACUCAAACUUGUGGAUUCACAUAUACAGCUAGACACUGAUUGCUUAUCGUCUCAUGGGAAUUGUGACCAUUAGUCUUGAAAAUCUAAUGUUGGCUAACCCAAACUUGUUUGUGCUUUCGAAAAACCAAAUAAACACAACUGACGACCCCAUUAUAACCGAGA